AUGGCGUCAGAAAACAACGGAUCCAGAUCCGAUUCCGUCACCACUCCCAACGCUGAUUCCACCGCCGCGGAAAUGCCGUCUCAGCCGAGGAAGAUCGCGCUGGUCACCGGAAUCACCGGCCAGGACGGAUCGUACCUGACUGAGUUCCUGCUCGGGAAAGGCUACGAAGUCCACGGCCUGAUCCGCCGAUCGUCGAAUUUCAACACCCAGCGAAUCAACCACAUUUACAUCGAUCCCCACAACGUCCACACAGCUCUGAUGAAGCUCCACUACGCCGAUCUCUCCGACGCGUCCUCGCUCCGCCGCUGGCUCGACGUGAUCAAGCCGGACGAAGUCUACAACCUGGCUGCUCAGUCUCACGUCGCCGUCUCCUUCGAGAUCCCCGACUACACCGCCGAUGUAGUCGCCACUGGCGCUCUCCGCCUCCUGGAGGCCGUCAGAUCUCACACCACCGACAAUGGCCGGAGCAUCAAGUACUACCAAGCCGGAUCUUCUGAGAUGUUCGGAGCUACUCCGCCUCCGCAAUCUGAGACGACGCCGUUUCACCCCAGAUCUCCCUACGCGGCAUCCAAGGUCGCUGCUCACUGGUACACUGUCAAUUACCGAGAAGCCUACGGCCUCUUCGCCUGUAACGGAAUUCUGUUCAACCACGAGUCACCGCGCCGUGGAGAGAAUUUCGUGACAAGGAAGAUCACAAGAGCCCUGGGGAGGAUCAAGGUGGGUCUGCAGAGGAAGCUCUUCCUCGGGAAUUUGCAGGCGUCAAGAGACUGGGGAUUCGCAGGGGAUUACGUUGAGGCAAUGUGGUUGAUGCUGCAGCAGGAGAAGCCAGACGAUUACGUUGUGGCGACGGAGGAGUCGCACACCGUGGAGGAGUUUCUUGAGGUGUCGUUUGGGUACUUGGGACUCAACUGGAAAGAUCAUGUGGAGAUCGACAAGAGGUACUUCAGGCCAUCGGAAGUGGAUAACCUGAAAGGAGAUGCUAGCAAGGCGAAGGAAGUGUUGGGGUGGACACCGAAAGUAGGGUUUGAGAAGCUGGUGAAGAUGAUGGUGGAUGAAGAUCUUGAGCUUGCCAAGAGGGAGAAAGUGCUUGUGGAUGCUGGUUACAUGGAUGCUCAACAGCAACCUUGA